UGCAGGAAGCUGUACCUCCUGUGACGGUGCUAUGGACUCCACUGACUGGAUUAAAGUUAAACCAGAAGUGAUCAAAACAGAUGGUGUCCUAACCUACAGGCUACAGUCUACAGCAGGUGGGUUUGAAUGCAGUGUGUCUGCCCUGCGUUGGGUUUGUGACAAUAAUGUCAGCUUCCAGUACCAGUUUGGAUCCUGGGACAGACACAUGGAGAGGCUGGCAGCAUACAGACCAGCGGGUCCCCUUCUAGACAUCAAAGUCAUUUCUGGAAAGCUGAGAGAAGUUUAUCUACCUCACUGGAUCUGUUUAGAUCACAGCCCUGACGUUUCAGAAAGUUUUGCAGUUCUGCAUGUGCACUCUGAUGGAGUUUCUGUAGAACGGGGGUCAGAGGUCACACAAUGCCACAUCAAGCUGUUCGAGACAGAUUUCUCUCCAAGAGGAGUCCUGAUGAAAAUUGGAAUCAAAGUGAAAAUGCGCUGUAAUGUGUUAAUUUAUAAGACCAACAACAAACAUGUCAAGCUACAUGUUUACCUGAUCCCACGAGACGCUGCUGUCCUCCAGGCCAUGGAGCAGAUGGAGAAGGAUGACGGAUACCGAAGAAUCAAAAAGCCAAACCCUAACAAGUGCUUUCAAAUGCAAGACUAUUUCAUCCUCACAACAGACAUGGCCACUGCAGAGAUUAUCCCAAGGGUGACCCCUGUGAGCCCGGUGUCUGUUCCAAGAAUCGGCAUGCGACGUUUGACUGAUCUGGAUAGGGCCUGUGCGACAUGGCAACUUCAAGCUGGUGUUCCUGCUGAGACUGUUGAUGUUUUUAAGCGCAGGCUCAAGACCCACCUUUUUAAUUUGGCUUUUAUCUGAUUCUAUUUCCACUCU